AUGGCACGGCAACGCAGAAACGGAGUGGGGGCCGGUGAUGGCACGGCAACGCAGAAACGGAGUGGGUUGGGGGACCUAUUUGCACUUCUUGAAAAAGUUAAGGAUCCAUCUGAAAUUUUGCCAAAUAGAAAUAACAUUAACCUCAAUAGCACUUCAAUUAGAUUUGCGCCUCUCUGCUUAUAUCUCGCCCAUCCUUUGUAUCCUCCCUACGGUACUCUCAUUGUCUACCUUGUGUCGAAGCUGAGUUGUACCUCACGAGUCUGCUCAGGGAUGUACAGCAAAAGAGCAACGCUUGUCACCUUCAACUCUCUCAGAAGCUUGUUGAAGUUAUGUGAUACAAGAUCCCGUUUUUGUGUGGAAUCGAUAAAGCCCCUUUCUUUUGCUAGGAACCUCAGCACUGCUACUGAAAGAUCGGAUUUUUACAAUGCUAAUUAUGUGAAUGGAGAUGAUUUUAACCAAGUUAUUGGGUUUAAUGAGGUCGUGUCAGAUGGUUCGGGAACUUUAAAGAAACAUCAAAGUGAAGUUUAUGGACAGAGCGGUUUAGAAUCCGUGAGUGGGAAGUUGCAGCAGAGUUCAAAUGGUUAUGGAAUGUUGCAAGGUGGUUUGGACUCCAUGAAUGGGCUGUCUCAGCAGAGAUCAAGUGGUUUCUAUGGGGGACAAUAUGGAAUGUCGCAGCAGAAUUCAAGAGGCCAUUAUGCUGGAAGCACAGGAAUUUUUCAAGGCGGUUUUGAUUCCAUGAGUGGGCAGUCUCAGCAGAGCUCGAGUGGUUUCUAUGGGGGACAAUAUGAAAUAUCGGAGCAAAAUUCAGGAGGCUACUACGCUGGAAACACAGGAUUUAACCAGCAGAGCGUACAUAAUGCCAGAGCGUAUCAGCAAAAUGAAAGCGAAGUUAAUUACUUUAAUGCACGAAACUAUUGGCAGAAUCAGAAUGACUCCCAGAACAGAGGAAUGGUUGCUUCUCAAAUAACAAAUGAUUUAAAACAGAACGAGAAGUUGGUUGAAGUUGCUGAUAUCAAGAAGCUCGAUGAAUUCUGCAAAGAGGGAAAAGUAAAAGAAGCAGUAAAACAUUUAGGGUUGCUAGAGCAACAGCAUGUCCCAGUUGAUUUUUCUCGAUAUGUAAUGUUGAAGAAGGCAUGUUUUGAGAAUAAAUCUUUACAAGAGGUUAAAUUUGUUAGUGAGUACUUCAUUAAAUCAACAACAAAUCCCUUAGGAUUGCUCGAUGGAUUCUGCAAAGAGGGAAAACUAAAAGAAGCAGUAGAACUUUUAGAAUUGCUAGAGCUGCAGCAUUUCCCAGUUGAUUUGCCUCGAUAUGUAAUGUUGAUGGAGGCAUGUGGUGAGAAUAAAGCUUUAGAAGAGGCCAAAUAUGUUCACGAGCACCUCAUGAGAUCAAUACCAAAUCUUGAAGUCAAAACAAAUAAUAAGAUUCUUGAGAUGUAUUCCAAAUGUGGUGCCAUGAAUGAUGCCUUUGUGGUCUUUGAUCAAAUGCCAAAACGUAACCUGACUUCUUGGGAAAUCAUGAUAACUUGGCUUGUUAAUAAUGGUUUUGGUGAAGCUUCUAUUGAAUUGUUUACAGAAUUCAAAAGAUGUGGACUAAAACCUGAUGGCCAAAUGUUUAUUAAGGUAUUUUCUGUUUGUGGUAUCAUAGGUGACAUUGUUGAAGGAAUGUUGCACUUCGAAUCAAUGAGCAAGGAUUACAGAAUUUCUCCCUCCAUGGAGCAUUAUGUUAGUGUAGUGGCCAUGUUAGGAAGUGCAGGAUGCUUGGAUGAAGCUUUGGAGUUCAUUGAACAGAUGCCUAUCGAGCCAGGUAUAGAAAUUUGGGAGACAUUAAUGAAUUUUUGCAGAAUUCAUGGACAUAAGGUGCUUGGAGACCGUUGUGCCGAGCUUGUUGAGCUCCUUGAUCCGUUACGAUUGGAUGAUCAAUCAAGGGCAGGCCUCAUAUCAAUAAAAGCUUCUGACCUUGAAGGGGAGAAAAAGAAAUUGAGUAAUCGAAAUCCUCUAGAUGUUAGGAGUACAGUCUUUGAGUAUAGAGCGGCUGAGACAUUGUCCCCACUCAUGUACGUAUUUGGCAGUGGCCGUAAUGGUAUAGCUCAGAAUCAUAGUGCACAUGGAAUUUGA